AUGGCUGCUGGCAGUCAAGAAGGGAGGAUUGGUAAUGGCAGUCUUGAAAGCACCGACAGGAGUUUCCAGGGUGCAUAUAACUUAAAAGAAGGAUAUGUUGGUCAUGGGAUGACAGAGAGAGUGGCUUAUCAUUUUGGCAAGUUGCAGAAAAUGUUGGCUGACAUUUCAUAUGAGGAUCGACUCCAUCUCACAAGCAUAGACCUUACCAGUCACAAUGCUAUCAAUGAGGAUAAGAAGGAUGAGAUAUCCAGACAGCUGUGUAAACUAUGGUCUGGCACUGGUGAAAUCCCUCAGAAGGCUGCCACCAUGCUACCACCAAUGUGUCACCACAAAUGUGAAACAUAA